CCACAUGUUAGCUUACAUGGCUUCGCUUCGAGUUCAAAUGAUCCGUGCGAUAGGAAGUGAUCCAGAUUCCGGAGUGUACCGGCGUGAUUGCGGCUAGCGACCUUCUCCUUGGAGGAGGCCGAUGCCUAAGGGGUUCAUGAAGAUUCCAACGAGUCCUGUACUUCCACCUCCGUCAAAGUCGUAGCCUGCGCUGCUUACGAAAGGCACCGGCCAUUACGUUUCUCGUGCAUACACAACGCAUUCCAAUAUGUCAGCAACAGCGGCUGACCGCGAUCCCUGGGUCUCUGAACGCCUCACGUAUCGCGCGCUGGAGGAAGAGGACCAGGCAUUCAUCCUCGACAAACUCCUCGUCGAUGCAGGUACACGGCUGAAUUUGCUCCCCUCGCUACCCGUGCCCCCGGGGAAGAAGCAGGGUAAGAAGCUGUGGGAACACUUCAACAAUAACACCCUCAUGACGGCCAUCGUAUGCAAACCACUUCCCGGAGCUGCGACUUCUUCAUUCGACGAAAAACAGCGGCCUACGCCCAUUGGCGUCGUCUGUCUUCUCAGCAGCGCUGAACGUGAGAACGCGCACCAUCAUCGCGCCACGUUGGGGAUCAUCAUUGCGCCAGACUACCAGUCCCAAGGCUACGGCUCCGAGGCUAUCAACUGGGCGCUGGACUUUGGCUUCAUCUAUGCCAAUCUCCAUCGCAUCGGUCUCAACGUGUGGAGUUACAACGAGAGAGCGAUGCGAUUGUAUGAGAGCUUGGGCUUUGUCCAUGAAGGCCGACAGCGGGAUUUUGGGUGGAUGGGCGGUAGGUACCAGGACCAGAUAACUAUAAGCAUGCUGGAAGACGAGUGGCGGCAGCGCAGGGAGACGAAUUCGGGGAUCGUCCACAGGUAGAUUUGCCCUAGAUCUCUUUUUUUAUUUCGAGCCAGUGCCAUCUCCUGGGACGAUCAUGAUCCCAGCAACCGCAGACUUUCGCUCGAUAGAUGUUCGAUGUUUCCCAUGGAAGACAGACGCCGAGCCAAGCGUGCGUGUGGAGUGGCCUGCCGCGU